AGGGACACGAGACUACCUGGCCGGCGUCAAAGGUGAAGCUCAACAUGGCGGCGGACGAGGAGCAUGGGUCUGUGGAGGUGGCGCCGGAGACGCGAAGCUUCAAGGAGCUGGGGGUGACGGACGUGCUGUGUGAGGCCUGCGACCAGCUGGGCUGGAAGACUCCGACCAAGAUCCAGAUCGAGGCCGUUCCGGUAGCGCUGCAAGGUCGUGAUAUCAUCGGACUGGCAGAAACAGGCUCUGGGAAAACAGGAGCUUUUGCUUUGCCCAUCCUUCAGGCACUGUUGGAAACACCCCAGCGAUUCUUUGCUCUUGUCCUUACACCAACCCGGGAGCUGGCUUUCCAAAUUUCAGAGCAGUUUGAAGCUCUGGGAUCUUCCAUUGGUGUCCAGAGUGCCGUUAUCGUGGGUGGAAUUGACAUGAUGUCUCAGUCUCUGGCAUUAGCCAAGAAGCCACAUGUUGUAAUUGCAACACCAGGCCGUCUGAUUGACCACCUGGAAAACACAAAGGGCUUUAACUUGCGAGCUCUCAAGUACCUGGUUAUGGAUGAAGCUGACCGAAUCCUCAACAUGGAUUUUGAGACAGAAGUGGAUAAGAUCCUGAAAGUGAUUCCUCGAGACAGGAAAACAUUUCUUUUUUCUGCCACUAUGACCAAGAAGGUGCAAAAACUCCAGCGUGCUGCUCUGAAGGACCCUGUAAAAUGUGCUGUUUCCUCCAAGUAUCAGACAGUUGAAAAACUGCAGCAGUAUUACAUUUUCAUCCCCUCCAAGUUCAAGGACAGUUACCUGGUUUAUAUUCUGAAUGAACUGGCUGGAAAUUCCUUUAUGAUAUUCUGCAGUACCUGCAAUAACACCCAGAGGACUGCUCUCGUGCUUCGAAACUUGGGGUUCACUGCCAUCCCCCUCCAUGGACAAAUGAGUCAGAAUAAACGACUAGGGUCCCUGAACAAAUUCAAGGCAAAGACACGUUCCAUUCUGCUAGCUACAGAUGUUGCAAGCAGAGGUUUGGAUAUCCCACAUGUGGACGUGGUGAUAAACUUUGACAUCCCCACUCACUCAAAGGAUUACAUUCACCGUGUGGGGAGGACAGCUCGAGCUGGGCGAUCUGGCAAAUCCAUCACCUUCGUCACACAGUAUGAUGUUGAGCUGUUCCAGCGCAUUGAGCACCUGAUUGGCAAGAAGCUGCCAGCAUUCCCCACACAAGAGGAGGAGGUCAUGAUGCUGACAGAACGUGUGGCUGAAGCCCAGAGAUUUGCUCGUAUGGAACUGAGGGAGCAAGGAGAGAAAAAGAAACGAUCCCGAGAUGAGGCCAAUGACAACGACGACACAGAGGAAGCGACAGGGGUCAGGAACAAGGUGGCUGGUGGGAAAAAGAAGAAAAGGAAAUUGCAUUAGCUGGACACUUAAAUGUUUUUUUACCACCUUCUCUGAGGCUGCCUGGGUUGUGGGAAAUCAGUGUAGUAACCUGUAUCCCUAGCAAACUAAAAAGCUCUGGAAUUGCCCAUCUUUGACUGGUAGUUCAUCUGGAAAGACAUCUGUAUCACUUACUUCACCAGCACUUUCGUCAGUUACAGGCUGAACCCAUAUCUUGGUAGUACUCUGGAAUCAGCUUCCCUUCGAAGUGUAAACAUUUUGGUGAUGUUGAAUCCCUGUCUAUUCCUGCAGCUGAGCUGUCCAUAAGGUUCUGGAAAUAGCUGUCUCUUUACACAGGGUUGAAUAAGAAACACAGGCCUGUAAGAAAAGACUAGCAAGGUGGGGAAAGCCUCUUGUCACUCACCAUCCAGAUACUUGGGAGCACCUCUUCUCUCUCAGAACUUUUUAUAGAAACAAUGAGGGGGAAGACUCCUUAGUCUCCUAGGCAUGGAUAAGGCAUUGCAAUACAGGAUGCUGACCUUUGACAGAAAGGUUCUUGCUCUAGAGAAAAAUUGCAAAUACAUUUUGGUUGUAUAAAAAAAAAUAAA